GCCCCGCCCCGCUCUGUGGAGCGACCCCGCCCGUUGGAUCCAGCCUUUGAAGUUAAUGCACAACACUGCCUCAGGCGCCUCUCCGGGAGCGGACCCAGGCUCGGAGAGCCGGACACUGGGACAGCGGUUGGUGCCUCCAGGCCCGGAAACCAGCGCCCCCCGCGCUCUGCGCGAGGGUCAACCAGGAGCGCACAGCGCAAGGCCCAAGAAGAUUGUAUUUGAGGAUGAGCUGCCCUCCCGGGCCCUCUUGAGCACCAGGAAGCCUAUUGAAGCCAUCCCCAGGGGGCAUAUGCCAAGGGCCCACCCAGUGCCCGACUAUGAGCUUAAGUACCCACAAGUGAGCAGUGAGAGGGAACGGAGCCGCUAUGCUGCGGUGUUCCAGGACCAGUACACAGAGUUCGUGGAGCUCCAGCAGGAGGUGGGCUCUGCACUGGCAAAGCUCCAGCAGCUGGAGACCUUGCUGAACUCACUGCCCAGGCCGCGAAGCCAGAAGGAAGCCCAGGUUGCCGCCCGUGUCUGGAGGGAAUUUGAGAAGAAGCAGACGGGCAUCGUGGAAGACGCGGACCCCGGGCAGAAACAGUCCACCCUCCAAUGGGAGCCCAGUAUCCUCUCCAUCCCAUUCCUACUUCAGUCCCCUCUGGGGGCAGAGCAUACCCACAAGAACCCCAUUCGUCCCCCAGGAAAUGGAUUCAGACACCCCGUCUUCCCGCUCAGGCCUCUUCCUAGAUGGACAUGAAGCAGGUGGGUGCUCAUGGGGAGUGUUUUGAAGAAGGUUUAAGAGCUGAGCACGGGCCCAGCCUGCGGAGCAAGACCUGAGUUCUUCCCCAUUUUCAAAGGGGUAUCUUGGAUGGAGGGCUUGUCUUCCUGGCCUGCCCCCACCAUCCAGGCUUUCUACCCACCCUCUAGAGGCACAGUCCUGACAGUCAGUCCCACAGGCGCCUUUCCCACCACAGAGCUGGGCCACCAGCCUCUGAGGCCAGGAUGGCAAGGUCCCUGCUGCCAUCCAUCACCCCACAUCAACUUAAUUAAGUCCACCUUCCAGAUGUCAAUCUCUGAAAGCGUUUUUUUGGUUACAUGUGAGAAGAAACCAAACUCAGGCUCAGGCACAAAGGGGUAAAUCUGGGAUCAUGAAACUGAAGCACCUAAAGGUUUCAGAUAUGGCUUGAUCCAGGGGCUCCAAAGGCACCCUGGAAGUUGGUCUUCCUCUUUUGGCUCUUUCAAUUACAGCCUAUUUCCAAAUCCCACCAUCAAAUCUCAGUGGCCAUCUCUGGGCCACACGCC